CACAGCAUUGCCCCGUGGAGGCAGACAAGCAGCGCGCCAUGAGGUUCCUUGCUCUCCUGCUGCCUUCCCUGCUCCCGCUGACGGGAUCUGCACCCUUAUCCCAUAAGGACAUACAGGGACGCACUGCAGCAUAAAAGGCACAGCAUUGCCCCGUGGAGGCAGACAAGCAGCGCGCCAUGAGGUUCCUUGUUCUCCUGCUGCCUUCCCUGCUCCCGCUGACGGGAUCUGCACCCUUAUCCCAUAAGGAAAUACAAUGCCCUGUCGGAUUCCACAAUAUUUACGACCACUGCGUCCAGUUCCGCACGCAGUCUGCCACGUGGCACGAUAUGUACAACGUGUGCUUUAACAUCGGCGCCGACAUAGUCAAGCUCGAUGACGCAAACUUCAUGUACUACCUCGUCAAGUUCAUCAAAGAAAACAAGCUCGACGGCCACACGUACUGGAUCGGCGCCUCAGACGAAGGCCACGAGGGCGACUUCAGGUGGACGGACGGAACGAAGGUCAAAAUGGGGACGCCGUUCUGGGGCGACCAUGCAGACCAGGUGCAAGAACCCGAUGGCGGAACCAACCAGAACUGCGUAUACUUGGAUAAAGAUGAUCAUUUCUUCAUGAUAGAUUAUACAUGUGAUGGAAAACUGUCCGUUAUCUGUGAGAUACAUUGACGAAGGUGAUCUCAAAAUUCUGCUGAUCAGUAAUGUAGACAUGUAAAAGCAGAUAUUCCUUGUUUUGGCAACAUUUAUGUUUAGUGAUUCCAUCGAUCUUAAUUUGAUUACUCCUCCGAAAGCUCCUUGAAAAAUAAGGACUUUGGCAUUGGUGGCGAAAACCGGAAUUAUUAACAUAUUGAUAUUGGGAGAAACCUGAUACUUCACACACCUCAGCAUCUGGGUUCAUACCUUCGGCACGUGCUUUGGCCAAAAGGGAAAGGGACACCACGCAGCUUUUCCCUUAGCUAUCCUAUCCUCAGCCUACUCCCUGCCUCGUUCGACGUGCCUCUCUAAAGAAUUGUAUAAUUUGCUGAUAUUGUUGUUUGUCAUGAGGUUGACCUCCAUUUUUUUUCCACCUAUUCCUUCUGUAUGGACUCCUAAAAAUGAACAGUGGACGUAUUGUUCCACACCCUCCAAAGCCUUCUUCUUUCAUACAUACAGAAAAAAAUCCAUACCGAAUUCUAUAAGAAGAAUUAAAGGUACCCAAGGAAAUCUA